AUGGCCACUACUCUCCUUAAUUCAGAUCUACCUAUGGCUUCCGAGGCUCGCAGCAAUUGGGUCGUCCAAAAAUUUGGCGGCACAAGUGUGGGCAAGUUCGCGCUCAACAUCAUUGAACAGGUUAUCGAACCCAGCCUCGUGGACAAUAGAGUGGCCGUCGUCUGUUCUGCACGAAGCAGUUCUACAAAAGCCCAGGGCACUACCAACCGACUAUUGCGGGCAGCGCGGGACGCCGAAAACACUCAAUCGGGACAAUACAAGACUUUGGUAGAGGCCGUCCGCUUGGAGCAUGUCCAAGUUGUCCAGGAACAAUUGAAGUCUGUCGAAUUAAGAGAUCAAGUGAUCGCAGACCUCACGGCAGAAUGCGAACGAGUACUCAAGGUCCUCGAGGCUGCCCAGACCUUGGGAGAGAUCAGUGCCCGCUGCGUGGACAAGGUGAUGAGUGCCGGCGAGAAACUAAGCUGUCGAGUCAUGGCUGCUCUCUUGCAAGAUCGCGGGGUGGAUUCACAAUAUGUGGAUCUGUCUGAAAUUGUCGAUUUUCCCAUUGGGAACAGUGGUCUGGAUCAAGACUUUUAUAAUAAACUGGCAGCGGCUUUCGGAGCCAAGGUCGAGGCCUGCGGACAUCGAGUACCUGUCAUGACUGGAUACUUUGGUAACAUCCCCGGCGGUCUGCUCGACCAGAUUGGUCGGGGAUACACUGAUCUCUGUGCGGCCCUGGUCGCCGUAUGGAAGGAGGUGGAUGGUAUCUUCACUGCAGACCCGCGCAAGGUUCCUACAGCUCGCCUGCUCCCCACUAUCACCCCCGCCGAAGCCGCCGAGUUGACCUUCUACGGAUCUGAGGUUAUCCACCCGUUCACCAUGGAGCAAGUCAUCCGCGCCAAGAUCCCCAUCCGCAUCAAGAACGUCAUGAACCCCAAGAACCGGGGCACCAUUAUCUUCCCUGACUCUGUGGCUGAAUUGGAGAGAACCACACCAGGACAUGAUCCCCGUCUGUUCCGGACGCGGAGUCCCAGUUUCAUGCAGCGGCCGAAGCGGCCGACGGCAGUGACCAUCAAGCAUAAUAUCCUGGUGAUCAACGUGCAUUCCAACAAGCGAUCGCUCUCUCAUGGGUUCUUUGCGGGCAUCUUCUCUGUCCUGGACAAGUGGCGUCUAUCCAUCGAUCUGAUCUCCACCAGUGAGGUCCAUGUGUCCUUGGCACUUCACUCAGAAAUGCCCCUCCUGAACGGAAACGGAAGGGAUGAUGAGUAUCAUGUCAUUAAUGAAGAUCUGAAGGGGGCCCUGAAUGAUCUGGGGAGGUACGGAACCGUGGACAUCAUCCCGGACAUGGCCAUCCUCAGUCUGGUGGGCAAGCAGAUGAAGAAUAUGAUCGGUGUCGCCGGUCGUAUGUUCACUACUCUUGGGGAGAACAAUGUGAAUAUUGAGAUGAUCUCGCAAGGUGCCAGUGAAAUCAAUAUCUCUUGCGUCAUUGAAGAACGAGAUGCCGACCGAGCCCUGAAUAUCAUCCAUACCAGCAUGUUCACCUUUUUGGACUAA